AGAAGAAAAGAAGAAAAGAUGAAACUUUCUUUUCUUCUUCUCUGAAAAUCAUAACAUAAUUCCAAGAAUAUACCGAUUUUUUGGAGAUAAGGAGAUAAUUAAUGGCUUCUUCCACCUCUUCACGCUUCCUUUUUCCUCAAAAUCAAUAGAUUUUCUCUAUAAAAAAAUGAUAUAGAUAUAAAUUCUCUCUUUUUUAUUGAUAUCAGAUAGUAUUUGUUAACGAUUUUGAAGAUUAUUUGGUUGAGAAGCAUAUGAUCCUGCGGAAAUGGGAGCAUGUGUAUCGCGGCCAGAUAGUUGUGUUGGAGGUAAAUUGAAAGGUUCGAAUAAGUUUAGGAAAAGAAGGGGAAGAAGAAGAAGGAAGAAAUCUAGCUCACUUCACAAAAUUGAUGAGUCAUUUCCUUUGGAUAACUACAAUCCAACAUUUCAGGGACGGAUUGAGGAGGCAUGGUUUGAUUCCGCUGCAAUAUUUGAAUCUGAUUGCAGUGAUGAAGAUUUCCAGAGUGUUCCUGAUGAUGUACUCUCUGUCAACAGCUUUGAUUGUGGGCGGACUAGUGUAGCUUCUAUCAAAGAUACUAACCAUGGGGAUGUUAAUUUAAACCAUGAUGGACCUCACAGUGAGGUACGACCUGUUUUCCUUGAUGAGAUCUCGUCCUCUGAAAAUAUAGGUAGUGACAGGGAGGAUGGUUUGUUGGAGAACUGUGGAAUUCUUUCAAACAACUGUCUGCCCUGUCUUACCUCCACUGUUGUGCCUGUUGAGAAGAGAUCUCUUAGCUCUAGUCCUCCAAGUUCAAGGAAGAAAGCGGACCUAAAGCUUCCCUUCAAAUGGAAAGAUGGAAAUCCUUGUGCCACUCUACUUUCAUCUAAAACCGUGCUUCAAAGGCCCAUAGCUGGUAUCCAAGUACCAGUUUGCCUGUUGGAGAAUAAAUUGCCUGAUAGUUGGUCCCAUAUUGAACCAAAUACCUUCAGGGUCCGGGGAGGAAACUAUUUCAGGGACAAAAAGAAAGAGUUUGCGGCAAAUAAUGCUGCAUAUUAUCCUUUUGGUGUUGAUGUAUUUUUAUCUCAAAGAAAAAUUGAUCAUAUUGCUCGACUUGUGGAACUUCCUGUCAUUGAACACUCUGGGACACUUCCACCCAUUCUUGUAGUGAAUAUUCAGGUACCACUAUAUCCUACUGCAAUUUUUCAGGGUGAAACUGAUGGUAAAGGAAUGAGUUUUGUCUUGUACUUUAAGCUUUCCGAAAGUUAUGCAAAAGAACUUCCUUUUCAUUUUCAAGAGAACAUAAGAAGAGUAAUGGAUGAUGAAGUGGAAAAAGUGAAGGCUUUUCCAAUGGAUGGUAGUGUUCCCUUUAGGGAAAGGUUGAAGAUAUUAGGUCGUGUAGCAAAUGUGGAGGACCUUCGGUUAAGUGCAGCAGAGAGGAAGCUUAUGCAGGCGUACAAUGAAAAACCUGUUCUUUCACGUCCUCAACAUGAGUUCUAUAAGGGAGAAAAUUAUUUUGAGAUUGAUAUAGAUAUGCACAGAUUCAGUUACAUCUCUAGGAAGGGUUGCGAAACAUUCCUAGAUAGGCUAAAGCUAUGCUCCUUGGAUGUAGGCCUCACAAUUCAGGGUAACAAAAUUGAAGAAUUGCCGGAGCAGAUCUUAUGUUGUAUACGGUUAAAUGAAAUCGACUAUGUGAAUUAUCAGCAACUCGGGGUUAAUAAUGAAACCCCUUGAAUAGGUGCACAAACAGUGUAAUCCACAGGGUAUGGCAAAUAAGUGAUGAAGUUAUUGUUAGCUAGUUUGUGUCCUUCCCUUUCUCCAAUUGUCAAAAUCUCUGUUUCAAAUGUGCUCUCUCGCGAAGCAAAUGGCUUAUCGAGCGAGCUAUAGAUAUUUGAAUCUAUGGACAAGGAUGAGAAAAUAGUCAAUUGAGUGGGUGUUCUUUGUUUCAA